AUGCUUUUUGGGUUGAUUCUGUCUGUUAAAUCGCUUGAUAAUGCAUAUUUUACAGAUGAUGGACAACUUAUAUUCCCUGAUCCAAUUGAAGUCGAAACUUAUCCAAAAGGAACUAGAAGAAAUCUUGACGAAAGUGGGUGGAAGAACAUUAGAAUUAAGCUAAACUACAGUUAUAUCACAGGUGAACUUCGAGAUCCACUUUCUUGCUAUGAAGAAGGCCAAGUUGUUAAAGUCACUUCAACUCAAAGUGUUACAUGUACAAAAGAAAUGGCCCUAUUAAAUUUCAAUAUGACAAAUCUCACUAUUACAAUGAACAAUCUUAAAGAAUUCGCAGAAAAAUUCCUGAAAGUUAUUCCAACUCCAAACAAAGAUUAUGAUCUAAAAUAUAUAGUUAAAAUUAAUAGAUAUCCAAAAGGUUCUUCCGUUGCUGCCAGAGCAGGUUACCUUGAAACCGAUAAUUUACAUCGUCUAAUUCUUUCCCAAGUGCUGAUUAAUCAAGAUCACCUUGUGAAAUAUGUUUCUCAAUUUGAAACGAACAGAAGCACAUUUAUUAACAUAAUGUUUCAUGAAUUUACACAUGCUUUAGGUGCGAUUCAUUCAUAUUAUCAUCAUAGAAAUUCUACUCUCUAUUAUUCCACAAAACAACAAAGAUGCACACUAUCAAAAUAUGGUAAAAAUUACACAUUUCUCACAGGCCCUUAUUCACAUCUAUUUGCUCAAAAGCAUUACGGUGUUGAUGUAUUUGUUGGAGAUGAUAAGAAUUGCUCAUCUGGAAUUGAACUUGAAGAUGGUUUUGAAGAUAUUGGAUCAGAUGGUAGCCAUAUCAAAGCUAAUAGAUUUUUUACAGAUUUAAAUAUCGGAAUGUCAGUUCAACAAGAAACUGCAAUAGUUGAGCGAAUUACAGCUGCCACAAUUGCAAUCCUUCAAGAUACAGGAAAUUACAUUUGCAAUUGGUCAAUGGCAAAACCAUUAGUUUGGGGUAAUAGAGAGUCACAAAUUGGAGGUGAACCAAUUAAAGACUUUGCCCUUGGACCUCCACAACUUGUCUUUCCCGAACUAUAUCUUGCCCAAGGAAAAUUAGGUGAUAGUAUUGGAUUUGAUUAUAAAUAUACUGGGAUGAAUUUGGGUUCGCCAUAUGAUUCCAGCUGUGAUGGCUAUUGGGCAAAAUUAUGUUCUAACAAGGAAUUUUACAAUCCAUUGAAUUUAAAAUAUCUUGCAGGCUAUGAUAUUUUUGAUUAUGCAUUGGUUAAAAUGCCCUUUGAAUCAUGUAAAGAAGGUGAAGCAAUAAUUCCGGGUGUUGGCGGCUGCCGAAAGUAUAUCUGCGACAAAUAUGAUAGUUUUACACUUAUCACUCCAGAAUUCGAAGAUAUCAACGGGUCUGAAACUAAUAUUACAUGCACGAGAGAUAAUCCAAAUGAAACAAUUAUAGUCCGAAAUUCUAACUAUAAGAACAAAUACGAGAACCUUACUUGCGUUCAUCCAGAGUUGUUCUGUCGAACAGUGAAGUUGAGUGAGAUGCAUUUUGUUCGUGAUCCAUUUGAUCCAGACUUGAGUGUAACACAACUUGAUGAUCCAUACGAGAAAUCGAACAAAGGCAAAGUUGUCAAAAUUGUUGUUCCAUGUGUUAUAUUAGGUAUAAUCAUUAUUGCAGUUAUUGUCAUUAUUGUAAUCAUCAUUCGUAAGAAACAACACUCUAAUGAAGAAAAUGACGACGAAGAAGUCUAUGAUCACAAGAACGAUGAUAUCGAAAAUAUUGAAAACACAAACAAACCAGACAAACCUAAUAAAACGAAACAGGCAGAAGCCCCAACACCUAAUACUGAAGAAAACUAUCUCUCAGAUUAG